GGACAUCUAAUUAAUAUGGAGGGAUUGUUUGGAGUGAGAAAAGGUGCCUGGACUCCCGAAGAAGACAAUCUUCUCAGGAAGUGCGUCGACAAGUAUGGGGAAGGAAAAUGGCACCAAGUUCCUCUUAAAGCGGGGUUGAAUCGAUGCAGAAAAAGUUGUAGAUUGAGGUGGUUGAAUUAUCUGAAACCAAAUAUCAAAAAAGGAGAGUUUGAAGCAGAUGAGGUGGACUUGAUUAUAAGGCUUCAUAAGCUGCUAGGCAACAGGUGGGCACUCAUUGCUGGUAGAAUACCAGGAAGAACAGCGAAUGAUGUAAAGAACUACUGGAACACCCACCUGCGGAAGAAGGAGGCUUCUGCGAGGAUAAAUGCCAAGAAACAUAGUACACCAACAAUGACAAAGGCCAGCAUAAUAAAGCCUCGUCCUUUUAACUUACCCAAAAAGGUUUUCUGGUCCAGUAAUGGAAAAACCCCUGUUACUUUAACUACCCAUGUUCCCGUAAUUGACAAUAACAACACUCUUUGCAAGCCCUGCAUGCCAUCGCCACCAUUGGAUGAUCAUCUAAAUGGGUGGUUGGAGAGUUUGUUUAAUGACAAUGAAGUGAAGCAAAAAGACACCAGCUGUGCUAGUGGGUCAGGACUCAGGAGAGACUCACAACAGUGGGCUUUUCGGAGAAGAAAUGAAUGCAGCAGCUGUGCAUGUGGGCGUCACAGAGGUAGGAGACGUGGAUUUCAAUGAGGAAGAACAUAUUUGGGGGAGCAAUUUCUGCUUCGAUGGUGGCCUUUGGGAUCUCUUGGACACGUAUUAACACGCCAUGAACCACAGGUCCUUACUUUUUUGUCUUUUUUUUUUUUUUCCUUUUUCGAAAGGUCCUUCCUGCUUAUGUCGUCCUUAAUGUGAUCUGUAUAUUAGGACCACCCCCCUAAAGCGGUGUUUUGUGACUUCAUCCCAUGUGUCCUAGUUAUUGUGAUAGGUUUCUUACUUACGUUUAGAUGUUUCUAUUACUAUUUUAUUUCACAUAAAUA